CCCAAACCUCAAGGCUUCACCAUAAUUUCCUAUGGCUUACUCCAUUCUCCUCGGGGCAGUAAUUGCGUUGCUUGUAGCUGCAGUUCUCCAACUCUUUCACAAAAACUUCUACAGGCUCUACUACUCAGCCUAUAAGCUGCCUCCUGGUAAUCUCGGCAUGCCGGUUAUCGGCAGUACUUUCUCUCUCCUCCGCGCCUGCCGCAGCAACACCGACGACCAAUGGUUCCGAGACCGGAUCAAGAAAUAUGGCCCGGUCUCUACCAUGUCGUUGUUUGGGUCGCCGACGGUGCUACUGGCCGGGCCGGCGGCGAACCACUUCAUAUUCGGCAACGACGGACUCAUCUUGACGCAGACAGGCGCGCUGAGAGCCCUCGUUGGGCGGUCGGUACUGGCACUCACGGGCAGCGAACUGAAGCUGGUCCGCAGCGCCCUGCAGGGUUACUUGAAGCCAGAAAUGGUGAGGAGAUACGUCUGCAAGAUAGACCAUGAGGUCAGGAGCCACAUCGAACUAAACUGGGUCGGUCGUGACUCUAUCACGGUCCUACCAAUGGUGAGGAGACUUUCGCUUGCUAUCAUAUGUUCGGUUGUCUUGGGCCAAGAGUCAGCUACCAUCAAAGAAGGACUGUGCACUGAUUUUGUUACUCUUGGGAAGGCUAUUUUAUCAUUUCCGGUAAAUAUACCAUUCACCCGGUUCAACAAAGGUAUGGCUGCAAGUGCGAAGAUACGGAAGGCUAUCACAAAUAUUGCCCACAAGAGGGAAGAGUCACUAUUGCAGGAAGCAAAUGCCACUUCUGAUAAUGACUUCAUCAGCUACAUGCUCAUUCUUCGUUCUCAAGGUGCCCACUCCCUCACUCUGGAAGACAUUGUAGACAACACGAUGGGCCUCAUCGUAGGGGCACACGAGACGACUUCUGCUCUUAUCACCUUCAUGAUCCGGUACCUCUACAAUGAGCCAGAUAUCCUUGACAAAGUUACUAGAGAGCAAGAUGAGAUUGCACAGAAUAAAAACCCAAAAGAUGCUCUAACUUGGGAUGAUGUUGCAAAGAUGAAAUAUACGUGGAAAGUGGCAAUGGAGACACUAAGAACAAUUCCUCCAGUUUUUGGGAGCUUCCGAACAACUACCAAAGACAUUGAAUACCAGGGUUACCAUAUCCCAAAAGGCUGGAAAGUCUUCGCAGCGCAAAGUGUGACACAUAUGGACUCGCAAUUCUUUCAUGAGCCUAACAAAUUCAAUCCUUCCCGGUUUGAGAAAUCCGCCCCUCCGUACUGCUACAUGCCAUUUGGAGGGGGUCCAAGAAUGUGCCCUGGUAAUGUGUUUGCAAGGGUAGAAACUAUGGUGGCCAUGCACUAUCUAGUAAGGCAGUUCAGGUGGGAAAUAACGUGUGAAAAGGAAACCUACAAGAGGGAUCCAAAGCCGACGCCCAUCCUUGGACUUCCAAUUAAACUCAAGUUGAGACCCCUUGCCAAAAACCUCCAAGUCACCACUAUGGAUACCGAAAUAGGUUAAACCCAUGACAAGCAAAAUUAUGAUGAUACAUGCAUGGUCUAUGUUAUGAAGACUAGAGUGAGAAUUCAGAAUGUAAAUAUGUGCUUCUCAUAAAAAGCAUGCUAUUCCAUGUUGUGCUUGUGAGAUACUCUUCUAGUUACAAGAUUGUAUAAUGUAAAGAUGUAUCUCCUACCUAUGAGCUAUAUAUUUCAUUCCCCUAACAUAAAAAUUGCAAUCGAUAGAAUAGAAUUCCUUGCACAUGAUGCAAUGGUAAUUCUACUAGUUACAUGAUCCACAUGAUGUGGGAUAAAGUCCUCAUUGAUUUGACUUCUACGAGAUUAUUUAAUUUUUUUACUCUCUUCCAUGUGGGACCUAGUCGAUGAUAAAAAUUUAAUCUAGCUUGAUGGACGGGUCAGAUUAACAACUAGUGGAUUGCAUAGAAGUGCUCUUUCCAUUGAACUACGCUAAGCACUCCAUAAAAAUAGUUGGGCCUGGCAAAGAAGAUCAUCCGUCGACCCAUAGAGGCAUGUGCUUGAAUGCGCCAGCCCUGAAUGCCUCGAUACCAAGAAAGCCAUGGAGACUAUACUUUAUCAUGAUGAUCAUAAUAAAAGAUGUUUUGUUGGAAAAUUACUAUGCAUUUCAAUUAUUUUAACUUGAGAAACUUUCGUGAUCCAAAGAUAAGAAGAUGGACAUGGUACUCUGUAUAAGGGUUAAACUCCAUUAAACUUCAGAACUCUUCCUCUUUUCUUAUCCUACGCACUCCAUGUCAAAUUUUGAUUAAUCUUGGGAUUCAUACAUUAAAAAUGUAUCUAUUUCUUUUAAAAUUUAAUUAACUAUUUUUAUUUUCCAUGUUAUCUAAUGGUUUUUUAUGAUUUUGGGGACUAACCAACUAAUAAAUGUAAAAAAAAUCUAUUUGUGGUGUUAUUAUUUACAAGUCUUUA